AAAUGGACAUUACAGUCAUAUAAGGAGAAAUAAAAUGCAAAUGUAUAAAGAUUGAAUCAUCGCGCAACGUUGAUGUAAUACAGUAGCUGACAUGCAAUGCUUGUGUGAAAUAGAGAACAUUUAUUAUUUCACAGAUACUUAUUUAAACGUAACGACAAGUGAUCAAGGUCAAUCAAACCAUAACCAUAGGCAAGUAUAACGAUGUAUAGGCAACCGUUUUACGACAAUCCGCCGGAUGAUUUUCCUGAGCCACCACUAUACGAUGAACCUCCGGACGACUACCCUUCACCGCCUCCUAGAAAUGAUAACAACUUUCAUGAAAGCUAUGAAGAGGAAGAAGAGGAUCCGUACGAAGAAGUUGGAAGGAAAUUCAUUGCAGACGUGCCGAUUGAAGGAUAUGUGGAAUAUACAUAUGAGAUUGGAUCGAAAGGAAGAAACCCGUGUCAAUUUGGUGGAUGGAUACAACAUUACGCUAUAAGUGAAGAUGGCUAUACCCUCUAUGCAUGUGAUGUUUUUAAUAAAAGAAUACAAAUCAUAUCUUUACCGGACAGGAAAUGCAUACAUUCCUUUACGACCACCAUGCCUCAGUAUGAUUUUCAAGCGCGAGGUAUCUCAGUUUUGCGUGGAGGUAACAUUUGUGUAAAUUGUGUCGGGUUUGAUGGAACAUCGAGGAUUGGAAUAUUCACAAAAGAGGGACAACUUAUAAGACAUUUUGGGCAAGGAGAAAUUGGAUCGUCGUCCGCCAUAACAGUGGAUUCUAUGGAUAGGAUUUCGGUGGUGGACAGGCGAAAAAUGACAAUUGUAACAUUGUCCAAAAACGGAAAGAAAUUAGGCGCAUUUUCGAAUCCAGUAAAACAGGAUUGUUUGCGCAUAUGUGCAAAUAGCAGAGGAGAUCUUCUGAUACCUGAUCACCUCAACAAUGCAGUUUGGUACUGCGACGAACAUGGGAACAUCAAAGGAAAGUUGAAGCCACCUGGUGGACCUGCAGCCGGGUUUAUGUAUCCGGCAGGGGUAGCAGUUGACUCACAUGACAACAUAUUUAUAUGCGAUGUCGGAAAUCAUUCUAUUGCAAAGUUUGGCCAAGAUGGCGAAUACUGCAGACGAGUUUUGACCAAAGCGGAUAACUCUAUUUGGCGUCCACAUGAUAUCGUCAUCUCCAAAAGAGGACAAGUGUUAAUCAGUGAAGUCAACAAAACUUACAUAAAAUUGUUUGGCUACACUAGUCAGUGAUUGUCCAAUAAACCCAAUAGUGGCUUUUUGGUUGUUCAAUACUGGCUACGUGAAUCAUGUUUUGUUAUCACUUUCGGUGUAAAUUCUUUCAAUUCAAAAUCAUCAAUUUUCAAUAUUAACAUUUGAAAGUUCGAUAAAUGAUAGCUAAGUCUACAAUAACAGCGUUGGCAAUUAUCAGUUAAGGCUGCUACAAAAUUUUUGCAGUAAUGAUACACAUCUCAAUCGUAAAAGCAAAUAGAUAUUCUAACAGUUAUGCAAAAUGAAUUAUAUACAGACGAAAUAUAUAUUUGAAAUUAUAUAUACCGUAGUCGAAAUCGCUUGGAUUUCUAUUUAUUUGUAGUUACUGACACAGAGAAACAGUUGUUGAGUAUGGUAAGAUUGUAUUUUAUUUAUUAAAACUUCAAAAUGUUAAUGAUGGUAAGCUUGAUCUAACAGAAAAUAAAUUUAUUUAUUUUGAAAA